AACAUUUCGUCGGUGAACGUUUAUUUCUUUUCUGUCGGUACACAAUAAGUCUGCAUGAACUAUUUAGGUAGUGAUCGGGCACUGAAACGUAUUAAAUCAAAAUGGCUAGUAAGAAGACUGGUGGAAAAAAUUCGAAAUGUGCUAAAGUUGAAUCCCAAACUGAAGUCUCAUUUCCAAGGAAUUCACGCAGGUUUUUGAGAAGCUCUUCUCUUACAGGCCACGAUGAUGGUGAUUCGGGCAUGGGCACGAGCAGUGGUGGUCCAGUGCGCUUACGUUCAAUCCGACACUGGCGCAAUACAUCAAGAAAUACUAGGCCUAGGUCUGGGUCAAGUGACAGUGAUGAGGACGAGCAAGGUUCCGGGGGAGGAAGAAGACUACACUAUUAUUUCACAGGGGAUUCGUCAUGUAACAAAACACAGGCUGUAGCUGGCGGUGAUGGAGAUGAGGCUGCUUCAUCUGAUGUUGAUGAUGAAGAUCAACAAAAAAGAUUUGAUUGGGUCUGGGACAAAGAGUGUAAAUCACAGGCAAGUCAUGUGACUUCUGAUGAGCAUGAAGUUCAUUUUCAUCUUGAGUAUAGUUGUGGAACAGCCGCAUGUCGGGGGUCAAUGGAAAUGUCCGAUGGGCAACAUUAUUGGGAAAUCAAGAUGGUGUCUGCGGUGUAUGGUACAGAUAUGAUGGUUGGUAUUGGAACUAAAGAAAUAGAUUUCAGUCACUAUGCACAGACGUUCUGUAGCCUUCUUGGCAAUGAUAACAACGGUGAAAGUUGUGGGUUAUCUUACACCGGUGCCUUCCAUUUUGCUGGUUCGACUAACAUGUUUUGUGCAAAGUUUGGCCAGAAGGACAUAAUUGGCGUCCAUCUCGACAUGUGGCAGGGCACCCUAAGCUUUUAUAAAAAUGGCCAGCGUUUAGGAGUUGCAAAAUCUGGAUUAAUUGGGAAGUCUUGGUACCCAAUGGUGUGCUCAACUGCUGCUCGCUCAAGCAUGCGAUUAGUACGCUCAAUCUCCUAUCCGUCCAGUCUUCAGUUUAUGUGCUGUACAGUUUUACGCAGACACAUACCACAGGAGCAAAAUGUACUGAAGGCGCUUGCUUUUCCACCAGGCUUGAAAAAUUAUUUGAAUGAUCGUUUGGGAUGGUUGCUAGGUUCUCAAGUUGAUCUGACUGCCAACAUACCAUGUCACAAUAAAGCAACGCAAACCUUAUUGACAAUCACAGGGAAAUUAUUUUCAGCUGGACAAGAUGACACAAGCGAUGAAGUAUAAAAAUGAGUUGCGUUGCUUCGCAUGUAAAUAACAAUGAAAUCCUACAUCUCAUAUGUGUUGCUUUUGACGACGAAAGGAGAAAUCAUUGUAAAAUAACGUUAAAAUUGGCAUUGAAUCAUUAUUGUCUUUUCAGAUAUCAUCACGGCACAGAAUUUGGCCAGCUUUUAAAAUAAAGUUUGAUGCCACAUGACCAAAAUGCAUAUAUAUUAUCUAUAAUGGAUAAUAUAAGCUAUAUAUUAUCCAAGGAUUCAUUUAACUUUUUUUUCUUUGAUUUUAUUCUUCCUUGCUUUUAAAAACAAUUUUAAUUGAUAACAAUUUUAAUUAUCCAUGUAAAUGUUACAUUAAUUUUUCAUUGAAUUUUUUGAAAUUCUGUGGAACAGUGGUAUGGCACAUGGGUUCCAAUAGAAGUAUUGUGAAUCCUGGUCCAAAUCUGAGACAAUUCACAUUGCUUGUUUGCUGGGGCAAGGCACUUUAUUUGUCUCUUCACCCAAGAGUAACAAUUUUUACCUGGUAGACCUAUAAGGAAUAAUUCUGGGGGUGGGGAAGGCAUAAAUAUGGUGCAUUAUAAUCAAAUGAGAAGGGGUGAGAAUAAGUGAUGACAAUCUAGAUGUAAUAAACAAUUCAGUAUUGAAUAUGCUGCAAGGAAAUCAGCUGUAGUCGCCAAAUUCAAUUUUUACAUAAAUAAGAAACAAAGGGCAAUUUGUCUAAGCGUUGCUCUUUUUGCAAUCCAGACCAUCUCAUUGUGCUGCAGUUUGAAUUCAUUGUCUCUGGUAUUUAUUGAUGAAUUUAACCUUUUUUUGAAGUGGUUUACAUCAGCAGCGAAAAUAUUUGAUGUUGUAUUCAUGCAGAUCCUCAAAAUAUUUGCUGUGAUUUGUUUCUUAUCAGGGUCAAAGUAUAGACCAAACAAGAUGUUUAUCAGCAUACACAUGAAUGUGUAUUAGACUCGGGCUUCACACCACACAUAAGUAAGAAUUUAUGUGUACACAACAGUUGUCCAGAGCACUACUUAUGUUGCCUCACUGUUCUUAGAUGGCCGGGGGAAAAAAAAGUGCGAGUCCAUUUUCAUUUUGAGAAGUUUAAGCCCUGUCCAGAUUAUUUUAUUUGACAAAAACAUAUAACAUAUGGUCAUGAUGACAUCACAUCAUGACCAUAUAUAGGCACAUCUUGACUAUAUAUGGUCAUGCAACAGUUUUGUUUGUCAAAAACAAUAUGAUAGUGUAGACAAAGCUUUAGGUGGUACAGUAAUGCAAUCACAACAGUUCACAUUAAUCACUGAUUGUAUAUUUUUCCAGUUAUUAGCAUUUAUAUUAUAUCAUCAACUGUUUUGAACUCUGACAUUUUUCUAUGUGAAUAUUAUCACAGUACUGUAUUUGUUGAAUCCUAUGUCACUAAACCCUAUUUUAUUAGGACAUGUACCCUAUUGAGUGUUAAAUAAGGUAUGCUUAUUUAUGGGUGUACUAAUUAGAGUAUACCCACAACUUGUAUCGGUGUUUCUUCCCUUUUCUCCUUUUUUUCCAGCAAUUAAUUUUCUAUACUAUCUGUAGUAGUGCUAACUUAUAUUUUAGGUUCAAUUAUAGGCAUUGUUAUAUUACGAUACAUUAAUAUAAAUGUAUGGAAUAUUAGGUGAGGUAAAACUAAUGUAAUAGACAAAUCACUUAUGGUGGAGAUAUUAUAAACACAUCAUUUUAGCUAAAGAGUGUGACCAAGAUCUUUGAUUUUUGUUUCAUUGUCUUGGUAAUGUGGUAUACGUGUACAUUUUGUGCUAUAGCUAAUUAAUAAUAGAUAAUACAAAUAUUUUUUUAUACCAUAUCAUGUAACACUGAGUUACUCAGCUACAGGAUAGAAUAAAUUCUGUAAUGCUCUUUGAACUUAUACCUGAUUCACUCAAGGGGGGUUGGUAGGAACAAAGUUUAGGUAGGGCCUUGAUGACUAAGAGAGUAGUUGUUAGCUGUUAAAAUAAAAUAUGACUCAUGAUGCUUAGCAUAUUGUUUUUGUUCAGCAAAUUUCCAUUGGGGGAUGUGCACCAAAACCCCAUGUAGUUAUGCUAAGUGGAUUGCAACACAGAUGGAUGGGUGGGGUCUAGGUUUGGACCUAUUUGGGUAGGGAAUAUUUCCUUCUUACUCAUUUAUACUAUUUUUAUGUAAAUAUUUUGAAAAUAAGUGAGUAAUUUUUUAUCAUGGAUUUUAAAAUCAUAAAUUGAUGGUUUUCAAUAGUGUACAAAAAGUAAACUUUAACUUAUUUUGAAUGUAUUCAAUAAUGAAUUUAUAAUCAUUGAUAGACUGCUAGAGUUGAUGAGAUUUUGUUCCCAGCACAGUAAUUAGUACAUUAAAGUGUAUGCGCCUUUUAUUGACUUUAGAUUAAUUGUAUACUCUACACACAGCAAUGAGAUCUUAAUGUUGCAGGGCUGCCUUUUAUGCGCUGUCAAAUCUAUGAUUUGGCUAUAUAUGGGCAAAUCACACCCAUUUAUGGGUAAAUCAGCAGUAUGGGUCACAUUGAAAUUGAUAAUGUAGUUGCAGAUAUACACAACAUAUGUAAUUUGUCCAUAGAGUUUAAGACAGUAUUGUGUGACACUACAGAUAAAAGCUGUAUACUAAUUGUGCAAUUAUAGCAUGCAAGCAUUUUUAUGAGGUGUUAUGAAAUUUUUAAUUAUGCACAAUAAUGUUUGAGUGGUGGUGCUACUUCGCAGUAAUUUUGGAGGUGAAUACAUAAAUGCUCACUGACCACACGUCUAGUCAGCACUAGUAUUAUUACAGAUAACUCUAUGGAUAAAAUACAUAUAUAGACAGUCAGUUAACAGCUUAUAGGUACAUGAGGGGUGGGGCCUUGAAUGUUCUCAUCUUGAGGUAAUAAUCGUAUGAUGUCCUCAUCUGGAAUAGGAAGAUUGGUUAAUGGUUGGGAUAUCCCCAGCAAAGAAUGUCUCCCUUCAUUUCGGGUGAUUUUCGUAAGUUAGGCAUUAUUAGCUAAAUAGUGAAAAGGUUUUUUAAGUUGAGAGGGGGUGGCAGUGUCCAGUAGAAUGGAUGAAGAUGAAUUUUAAAGACAUGUUACUAAAAUUGUGCAAUGUGGAUUAAGUGUUGAUGCAAGUAUUCAAUUGACUCUAAUAAGACGUACGUUUAGUAUACAUUAAUGUACUGAAGUGUAUAAAUAAAGUCUUAUUUAUGUGAGUGGUGAUAGAUAUGAUGUAUGAAUGAUUGUACAGUACAACUAUUAAAUAAACAUAAUUGUACAAAAAAAUCUAAAAUAUAA